UAAUCCACCUCGUCAUAAUUAAUAGUCCAUAUUUGUAAUAACUAACAGGUAAUCUCUGCUUAUUCUUCUGCCCAGUAAUUCCUUUCUUCUGCAAUCAUCCACCUAAAUAAUUUUGUCAUAACUAUCAGGCUGUCACCAGUUAUUCUUUUCCCACCUUGUAAACUUUUUUUUCUAUAAUCGCCCGCCUCUUCACAAUUCUCCGUCUUUUUUUUUGUCAUUACAACCAGGCCAUCUCUCGUUAUUCCUUCCCCGCCCUGCAAACCUUUUCUUCUAUUCACAUGUAUUCCUGCCAUCACUAUCAGGCUGCUCUUGCUUUUCACUGAAUAUAAAAGGCUGACUGUGUAAAAUUCUAGCCUUUUUCUAUUCAACAAAUUACCGGUUUGCUGUGCAAUAUGUGCUGAAUAUUUUACCUACGGUGCAAGCUUUUCUGCAACCUUAUAAAAACGGUUAUGUUAUAUUCAAUGAAUGUCUUGAGAGGUUAGCCAGUCGAAGGACUUUACAACAUCCGUAUGUUACAAUAUACAUGUAAUUAGAUGUUGAUUGUACACACCGAGUAAACAUGUACGGUAGGACGGGUUAAAAUAUAUAGGACUGUUGCUCUUAUCGGUUAUUGACAGGAUGGACUACAAAGAAGUCAAACUAUACUAUUCUCCCAGUUCGUAUUAUUCACUUAAGGCUUUGCUGGCAUUAUAUGAAAAGGAUGUACCAUUCGAAGAGCAUGUUGUAAACAUUCAAUCAGGAGAACAAAACCAGGACUGGUUCUUGACCAUCAACAAAAAUGGGGAAGUUCCGGUUUUGAAAAUAGACGGAAAAUGUAUCACCGAGUCCGAAACGAUUAUUGACGUAAUCGAUGAGACAUUUACUUCCGAGCCAAACUUGGUACCAGAUGUGAAAACUGGAUACGGAAGUGACGUCAGAGAUUUCCGGAAACUACUCCAUGACAUACCUAUCGACCUAAUUACAUACGGAAUUGUAUGUAACCGUAAUUUAAUACAUAAAGAUGGUGUCUGCGAAAUACCGGCAAUGUUCUCACGUGAGAGUGCAGGCAAGAAAAUGGUUUUCUGGAGAAAUAGACAAACUUCAGAAGAAACGAGAAAGUAG